AUGAAGAAGAAGAAGAAGAAAAUUAAGAAGAAGAAGAAGAAGAAGCAAAUUAAGGUUCGGAUGAUGCUUCUGAUGAGCAUCCGAUGCAACACCUGCGGGAAUUACAUUAACAAGGGCACCAAGUUCAAUUCCAGGAAGGAGGACGUCGUCAGCGAGACGUAUCUGGGUAUCCGGAUAUUGAGGUUUUACUCUAAAUGUACCCAUUGCUCUGCUGAGCUCACCAUUAAAACUGAUCCACGCAAUUCUGAUUACCUCAUGGAGUCAGGGGCCACGAGAACUUUUGAGCCCUGGCAUCUGCAGGAUGAGGUGGUGGAGGGUGAGAAAAGAAAAAGGGAGACUGAAGAGAUGCAUUAUCGCAUCAAGUACUUGGAAAAUGAAACUUUAGAUUCCAGGAGGGAGAUGGACACUCUGGCGGCGCUUCAUGAAAUGCAAUCUGUGAAUUCUGGGCUUGCAACCGUGAGCACUGAUGCAAUGCUGCAGGGCUUACAACGUACAUCUUCUGCGAAAGAAGGGAAAUUGGAGGAAGAGGACGAAGUGCUUACUAAAUCAGUAGUAUUCCAUACAUCCAAAAAUUUCGUCCGUAGGGUCGAACAUGAAGAUUUGACUCAACCUUAUGCUAGUAAUGAUGAAUCACUGAACAAUACUCUCAAGGUUAGUAAUGCUGUAAUAGUCAGCAUAUUUGCUUCCCCGUCGGCUAUCUUUAAGGGUGUGAAUUUGUUGAGAACAGUCUUAAAUGUGUUGCGCAUAACUUCUGGUUGA